AUGGUAAAAAUGGGCGAGUCUAAGGGUUGUGGGAAAGUAGGACCAAAGAUUCCAAAUGAUAAGUCUGCAAAUUCUUACGUCGUCUCGCUUCAGUUGUCUCCAGUUGUGUCUUUUUGGGAUUGUAUUGUCCGCACGAUGAGGUAUUCCUAUAUACCAGAGUGGCAAGCAAUCAUGGAUCACGCGGUGUGCAAGCCGGUCGCUAGGAAAGUGAAGAAACAUGGAAAAGAUGAAUUUGAUCGUAUUAAGCAAGCUGAGAAGAAAAGGAGACGCCUGGAGAAAGCUCUUGCUACUUCUGCAGCCAUCCGGGCUGAGCUGGAAAAGAAGAAGCAGAGGAAACUGGAAGAACAACGAAGGUUAGAUGAAGAAGGAGCUGCAAUCGCAGAAGCUGUUGCUCUGCACGUCCUACUGGGCGAAGACUCUGAUGAUUCAUCUCGAAUCAUGUUUGGCGGUGAAAAGGGUUUGAAGAUGGAUCUCUUUAGAGGUGAAAGAACCAACUACGUUCCUCGCCAGAGUUGCGCUAGCUAUGCGGUUCAAGGGAUUGGGUUUGAGUCAAACGGUUAUGGACUUGGAGACAGUAGCUGGUCAGUGCCAUAUAAGCCAUUCAUGAGGGGCGCUUGGGAUAACAAGAUGGGAAUAUCUGCUGAUUUGAUUGCUUCUCAGGCUGUCUCGUCGCUACAGAUAUCUGAAAACGCUGAUAGAAACGCUUUCGCCUUCAAUAGGAUGUUCCGGGGAUGA